CCGACGCAGCACCACAGUUUCUUUAGAAACUUACCCCCUUUAUUCGUUAGUUCCCAUUAGCUAAGAAAAAGACCUGUGCAAGGCUGAGAAGAGUCAAACGAGAUAAAAUUUAUCUCUGUGACCUUGUGUGUGGUAAAAAACAUUUAUUUUUUUUUUAUUUCCUCUCUCUGCAGUUGCGCCGUUGAUGAUACCGUUCGAUUUCAUCCCGCUCCCACAGGUUAUUCUCGCUUCAGCAUGGAAGCCUUCCAAUUUGUUAAGCAUCCCUUCGUGUUUAUUCACUGCCAUGUGGUGAUCUGCGACGCAUCAGAUUCUCAGUCAAGAUGCGCCCGAGGUUGCGUGCCAAGUCCGCGGCGAGAGCGGCGCGGGAUCGAAGAAAAACGAGUCUAUUCGUUAGUUCAAGGACCACUAACGAUCGAUGACUCUUCGGAAGAAUUUGAACCAUCGAAUGACGAGACGGCGCAAAACCCACCGGAGAUUGAGGUUGAAGUCAAUAUGCCGAUUGUGGCUACAGUGGCCGCUGCGACAGCUUUUACUGUGUUCGGUGUCGUUUUUGUGGCUUUGAGAAGCAGACCACACCAGAAUUGACGACUGGCAGCGUAAUUCUCGCUAAACUUGAUAAAAAUUAAUAAAAUGUUUCUUAAAACCUUUGUGAUUUGUAUCACGGUAGUACAUAGAAAUGCAAAACUUUGAGCCGUACAUUUGAGAGAAUUUCUCUACGAUAUCUUCCCGCAUUAAUCCUCUGUCAUACAAAUUUUUAUGAUGC